UUUCUUCUCUGCAAGUUUGCAGCCAUUUUAUCAUUCCUCUCCUCUCUGUCCAUCAUUAUCUAUCUGGCUUGCAAUGGCAACGCUCUACAGCCUAGAAAUCUUAAUCCCUUCCUCUAAACCCUUCCUCUCUACUGCUCCCAAACUUUUUCCUUCCUUCCGAGUCAACUCACUGAACCCCCUUUCAACCCGCUCCCGGGCAGUUCCCUCCAUUAAAGUUAGAGCCGCCGCGACAGACAGCGACUAUUCUUCCAGACGUAGUAGCAGCAAUGAACCCAGAGAAACGAUUAUGUUACCCGGCUGCGACUAUAACCACUGGCUCAUUGUUAUGGAGUUCCCUAAGGACCCUGCACCAACUAGAGAGCAAAUGAUCGAGACUUAUCUCAAUACACUCGCCACAGUUCUUGGCAGCAUGGAAGAAGCAAAGAAGAACAUGUACGCCUUUAGUACCACUACCUACACCGGAUUUCAAUGCACAGUAUCUGAGGAAACCUCUGAGAAAUUCAAGGGAUUGCCUGGAGUUCUAUGGGUGUUGCCUGAUUCAUACAUAGAUGUCAAAAACAAGGAUUAUGGAGGUGAUAAAUAUAUAAAUGGAGAGAUAAUCCCUUGCACAUAUCCUACAUAUCAACCCAAGCAGCGAAGGGAAUCCAAGUAUGUGAGCAGAAGAUACGAGAGACGAAGAGAUGGUGCUCCUUCUGAACAAAGAAGACCAAGACAGGAAGCUAGCUAACUGGUAUUUGCAUAAUGGUAGCCAUAACAUUAGCUGUUACUCUUAUGUUUCUCUUGUUUUUACAGUAAAUCAAUGUUUCAGUUCAGGGACAGAUAUGGUAGUGGUAUUGACUUGAGAAAAGCUUGUUUAAAUGUCAAUUAUGCAUGUGGUGUUCAAGUUUCAUGUGAAGUUUUUGCUUGGAAUGGCAUAAGGAUCACUAUGGUGAUAUUUUGGCUUCA